UAUCCAGCGAAAUUUCGAAUUCGACGAGUAGCACUUGGCGGUUGAUUGUUGAUUCGCGAACGAGUCGUCUCAUGGCAACUGACGCGGGCUCACCUCGUGCGGGAUUGUUAACCUCGCAGUUGGGGGUCUCGUAAAGAGAGAAUAUGCUGUGUCGUGAUUUCGAGGAGUAAACCCGCUGACAAACGAUCGCGAUGCCGCCGUCCAUGACGAAGAGGCAGUCCUCCAAGGCAUCGGAGCUGAGCCUCUCGAGGAGUCGGACAUCGAGACUCGACUUGGGGGGAGACAUGGACUGGAUGCGAGGAAAGGUCCUUUUGAGACCGGACGAUCAACUCGUACUGUCGGAGGCCGAGCUGAACGAGGAGAUAGCCAGAGUGCUGACGACGCAGAAUCCAAGGGUACCCGACAACCUGGUGCAAUGGUCGUACAAGUACAAGGACUUCGUCAAGCUGCCGGACCCACCGAACAUCGUCAGCAUCCUGAACGUCCCUGGCACAAUGUUGCACAAGGAGAGCGAGGAGGCCAAGAAGCAGAUGUCUGGUGGAUACCUGGAGGAGAGCGAAGACGACGAGGCGAAGGAGAAGGAGAAGGAGAAGGAGAAGGAGAAGGAGAAGGAGAAGGAGAAGGAAGAAGACGAGGACGAGGGUAUCGAGGAGGACGAAGAUCAGGGGGAAGAGGGCCAAGACUCGGAGGAGCCGUCCAAGGCGGCAGACGCACCCGCCGAAGCCGAGGAAGGCGAGGAAGAGGAGAUGGAGCGAUCGAAGCCGAAGAAGAUACCCAACCAGUUCAACUUCUGCGAGAGAGCCGCUCUCACCUACCAGAAUCCCCUGAGGGACAUGUCGACGCAAACGAUGCCACCGCCAACCGCUUCCUUCAACUCCAGCGUCUUUCAGUGGACAAUCUUCGACGACUACCAGGAGGACUACUCGCAGCAGGAGCGAGAAAAGGACAAGGAGCGAAAAAUGGCCGCGGCUUCGGUCCAGCAGCCGAGAAGCAGGGACGACUCGAAGAAGAAAGCUCAGCAGGACAGCACCGCGAUGACCAACCGGAUGCUCCAGUCCGUGAAAACGCUGGAACGGAUGGUCAACCAGAACAUAUUCGACGACAUAUCCCAAGACUACAGGUACUGGGACGACCCGAGCGACGAGUUUAAGGACGGCGAGGGAUCACUGCUGCCUCUGUGGAAGUUCUCCUACGACAAGACGAAGAAGCACGACGUGACCGAUCUCUGCUUCAACGGCCGCUACUACGACCUCUUCGCCGUGGCGUUUGGAUCGAUGAGCUUCGACAACCCGCUGAGCACCGGGGCGGUCUGUCUCUUCUCCCUCAAAAAUCCAUCCUACCCGGAGUGGAUCUGCACGACGGAGUCGGCCGUGAUGUGCCUGGACUUUAACAAGCAGAACCCGCACCUCCUCGUCAUCGGGAGAAAGGACGGCGCCGUGGCGGUGUACAACGUCAUGCUGCCGUCGUCGGCGCCGCAGUACAAGAGCAACGAGGUCCUCCAGAAACACGCCGGUAUCGUCUGGCAGGUUUGCUGGGCGCCGGAGACGGAGGAGGGCAACCUGGCGUUCUACAGCGUCAGCGUGGACGGCAAGAUCAACCACUGGGUGCUUAACCAGAACGAGCUAGGCCUCACGACCGUGAUGACGCUGUUCCUCAAUCAGCCGAGCAUACCCGGUCCCGAUGGCACUAAUAUCACGCUGAAAGGUUGCGGCACCUGCAUAGCGUUUCACCCAAGCGAGCCGAACGUCUUCCUCGUGGGCACGGAGGAGGGCACGAUCUACAAGUGCAACACCGCCUACAGCAGCGUUUACAUGAGGACCUACGACGAGGCCCACAACAUGCCUGUUUACCGGAUCGUCUUCAACAAAUACAACUCGAGCAUUUUCGCCAGUUGCUCCGCCGACUGGAGGAUCAAGAUCUGGGAGGACGACAGACCCGAACCGCUCUUCAUGUUCGAUUUGGGAGUACCAAUCGGCGACGUGCAGUGGGCCCCCUACAGCUCGACGGUCCUCGCUUGCGUCUCCAACGACGGCAAGCUCACCGUCUUCGACCUCAACGUCAACAAGUACCGGCCGAUCUGCAGCCAAUCCGUCGUCAACAAACGUCGAAGUCGACUCACUCGACUCGCCUUCAACCACACCCUACCCUUCCUCAUCGUCGGCGACGACAAGGGAACAAUCAACACAAUGAAACUCUCGCCGAACCUGAGGAUAAAGGUCAAGCCGACGAAGAAGCAGGUGAAUCUCUCGCAUACGGAUUUGGAGUCGAUGAAGUUGGAUAAAUUACUGAGCUUCGUGAGAGAACCGCCUAUACUGACACCGCCGAAGGAUGUAAAGUCUGGCAAUUGAUGUUGAAUCACGGGUAAAUACAUUUUUUCAAACGAA